AUGGUCCGUCGCAACUCCGACAUCGAAAUCCAGCUUCCAGAUGCCGGUCCAACACCUCUCUCGGACACAGACUCACUCACAGAUGUGGAAAUGAUCUCGGAUGAAACAAUCCUCAACCUCCCUCCCCACAUCGCAGCCCGAUUCUACCGCAAAAGCAGCAGACGCUCCUCCUCCUCCCGCCGAAGCUCAAUCUCCUCCAUACACUCCCACACAUCCGGCUCACCAAGCGCAGACCACAUUGCCCAGCAUCUGCGCCGGACCUCGAUCCUCGAGAGCCGGAAGGCAAGACUCGCAGACCGCGCAUUACAUGCAGAGAAAGUAAGACUGCGAGCCGCACUGGCCAAGGCAGCUACACGGAACCUGCAGAUCGAAGAACGGGCACUGGCUGCACAGCAAGCGCGGGAGCGUCUGUUGGCGGAUAUUACUGCCAAGUGCGAAGAUCAGGUCAAGAGGGCCAAGAAGAAGGCGGAAGAUCAGCGCGAUAAGAAAGCCGCAGACGAGGCUCGUCUGCGGCUGGAAAUGGCGGAGAAGUUUGCUGAGGCUGAGAAACGUCGUGCGGCGUACCAGACUCACCGACGCAGGCGGACGAGUAGCUUGCCUGCUGCGGAGGAGAAGAAGAUGUCCAAGGAGGUUAUGAAGUCGAUUACGGAGGAUGCUGCUGCAAGACAGAUUCAGCGGGUGUGGAGGACACAUCAUGCGAAGGCGGUCAUGGGUCAGUUCAGGGGGUUGAAUCUUUCUGUGGAUCGCGUGCGGGAGAUGAGCUUUGAGGAGGUCGGGGCUCUUCUUUCUAGUGGUGAAUUGUUGGAUACCAUGACGAAGGUUUUGAGGCUUUGUGGACUGCAGGACAUGGAAGGUGGGUUGCUAGGUGAGAGGGGCGCUGUGCGCACCUUUCUCAGCAGCUAUCUGAUUGUGACGCAUCCGAAAGAAGUCUUGAGCAGUAACGGAGAUCAAGAGCAGGACUUGAUUUCCAAGGCUCGGGAGUUGUUGGUGGUGUUUGAUCAAGUGACGGCACUGCUUUCAUCUGGUUGUUGCUCGCCUUCAGUCAUUACUGCAGAUCUCCAGAAUUUGUGUGAAUCACACAAUGUGUUCUUCUCUGCGUUCCAUGCUUGGAAGUCCCAUGACUCGACAGUCCUGAUCGAGAUCAUGGUUGCGCAGUUUGUGGAAUUGGAGCUGAUCUGGCAGACUGUCAAAAAUGACAAGGCCGGUGGUGCCGCAGAGGACUACAGACAGGGUAUUCGUCAGAACCAAGUGCUAUUGCUCGCCCGUCUCAAGCGACUCGCGGGACCGGAACGUCACAUGGAGAUGAUCCGUGACUCCUUGAAGAAGGCCAAGCGUGAGAAGAAGCGUGCAGCCUCCAAGCAAGCCAUCCCGCGAUCUGCUGAGGCUGCCCCUCCUACAACAGAGGUCUUAACGGAGAGUAUGACAUCCCCUCUCAGUGAGUCUUUCAACAACAUCGAUGCCGCCGUUUUCCAAGAGCUGGACAAGCAGCGGACAUCGCCCCACGAGCGAUUCACCAAGAUCCUGACCCCGCUCCCUGAGAACCGGGAGCUGGUUCAUGAGCUUCUCGUCAACAAAGAAUUCAAGAUUGAAGAAGCACCUUACACUGAGCCACGCAGGCAAAUCAUGAAGCAAAUGUGUGACACAAUGAGAACAGGCGUCGAGGCCGGACAUGGCACAAACUGGACUGUGGCGAUGGCCACAGUCAUUCAAGAUCGCCUAUUACGAUCUCUCCAACGUGGUAACUCUCUCUACGUGAUCAUAAGUGAAGUUCUAGAUCCAAAGUUGGUCCAAGGACAGUGCGAAGCGGGCACUUUCUCCUAUGAUAAGUUCUUCGAGUUCAUGAACAACAUCCUGCCCCGACUAUGCGCUCCCUACCGAGACCCCGUGGUUAAGGCUUACAUCGAGGAUACAUCUGGCGACGCCAUUGACCGAUUAGCACGAUUAAUGAGUAUUAUUGAUCUUCUCUCUCUCGAUCAAACGAACUUUAUGAUUCAACUCGCCGCUCCCCAACUCAUCGAGGAAGCACCGGGUUACGAGCAGCGCAGCUUUGAACGCGGCAUCGCGGAUGGUUCAAUCACCCUCCACAAGACCCACCGCUUCUGGCGCAUCCACCGCAAAAUCAUAGUGGAUGAAAUGAAGAAGCGAGACCCAGAAGGGAUUCAAGGCGAGCCGCACCCCGCAGCCGCAAGAGUCUACGCGCAAGGUAUCACAGACACCGUCUUCAGCAACGCCCCGGUGUCUGAAGAUCUUGUCCCCGAAACUCUCAGCCUAGACCGACGCCGACUUGAGCGUCUCCAUGCGCGAGCCUUCCAGAUCGUCGCCACUGCCUCGAUCCUGCUCACAGCCAAGAACCUACUUAAACGAGACGCCCGCUCCCAGUGGAAGACCGAAGCAGACCGCAUUCUCUCCUUGGACUUUAAUGAAAUCAGCGCCGACCGCGUUCAAUCAAUCCUCCAGUCCACGCACCCAAUGCCCCCAUCCGCAAGUGCCCAGCUGGCCAGCACCAUCAAGCGAGUCCUCUCCCCCGUCGCGACAGCCUGUCUCGCGGCAUCACCACAGCUGAUCGUGACCACCGAAACAUCGGCCUCGGGGGUUCCUCCGUCCUCAGAGACCGUUACCAGCUUCGCAGAUCCAGUCGCCCGGUUAAUCCUCUCUCGUCUGCGAAGCCACGUUCUCUCCCGUCUCAGUGCGUCUAGCGCCAAUGAGCGUGUGCGUGCUACCACCACCGCUAGUCAGAAUCUGGCGGCAGCUGGUAUGCCUGAAUUUGUUAAUGAGGUUGGAAAGUUGGUGGAGGAGCUUGAGAGGGUCCGGGAAGUGGACUGGCUUUGCCAUGGAGGUGUCUAUGAGGGGUUAUAA